GCAAUGCUCUGCCACCCCAUCCAUACCUACCGUAAGUAGCAACUAAGGCGCUAUUCAAUGGGGUGCACCCAUUUAACAUUAAAUUCUCAAUCGUCUUGUUGGCAUAACCCACGGAACGAGUAUAUUGACCGGGAAUCUACCUCUCGGAUUUUACCUAGAUUCUGUUAUCAGCAUUCUGGUGCUGAAACCACGAUCUCCCCGGAGACUCGGCGCGCUUGGAUGAAUCAGUCCACUAUCGACUUGUGGUUGCGCGAUGAUUUCAGUGUAGCCGAAACGGAAUUCUAAUUCAAUCCCAAGGAAUUGAUAGUCUAUCAGUAUUCAACGACGAUCUGCUCGUUGAAUUGGGAUAUAUGGAACCCUUCAUCUGGUGGGGAAUGGCGAGAACCACAUCGAUCUUCUCGCCACGUGAUGCUCAGGCUUCCUCGAAAUCUUUACCUACCUAUACUUAGAUAGCUGACUUUACACUCAAGCCCAUGAUUCGCUUAGGAUAAGCUUCCUGUGCCCGGAAGUCUUGAGGAUGAUCAUGAGUUGAGUCUCCUACAACAUUGACCUCAGCUUUGACAGUUUCCUAGUCUCCCCACGAAGAAGUUCCUGAAAUAUACCUUAAUUUCACACUUGAGCCUGGG